AGCUGCCCCACUGCCUCAGCGGGGGUCCUGGGAGACUCCAGCGUGGGAUGGUGGCCUCGAAGCUGGUGCUGUCGCUGCUUGUUGCAGCUCUCCUGCUACACGUGGCUGCCACACUGAAGAUCAGCGCCUUCAACAUCAAGGCGUUUGGGGACAGCAAGAUGUCCAACCAGACUAUCGCAGAUAUCAUCAUCUCUAUCCUGUCGGGGUACGACAUCACCGUGGUGCAGGAGGUCCGGGACACCAACCUGAGUGCUGUGAAGAAGCUCAUGGACCAGCUCAACAGUGCAUCCCCACACCCAUACAGCUUUUUGGACAGCAUCCCCUUGGGUCGGACCAGCUACAAGGAGCAGUAUGUCUUCAUCUUCAGGUCAGAUAUGGUCUCCGUGCUGGGAAGCUACUACUACGACGACGGCUGCGAGCCCUGUGGGACUGAUACCUUCAGCAGGGAGCCCUUCAUUGUGAAGUUCUCCUCACCCACCACACAGGUGGAGGAGUUCGUGAUGGUGCCCUUGCAUGCCGAGCCCAGCAGCGCAGCGGAGGAGAUCGACGCGCUCUACGACGUCUACACCGACGUCAUCAACAAGUGGGCAACUAACAACAUCCUCCUCCUGGGUGACUUCAAUGCCGACUGCUCCUACGUGACCAGCGCCCAGUGGCCAUCCAUCCGCUUGCGCUCCUUCAACGCCUGCGAGUGGCUCAUCCCCGACAGUGCUGACACCACCGUCACCAACACCACCGACUGCGCCUAUGACCGCAUCAUCGCCUGCGGAACCGCGCUGCGCCAGGACAUCGAGCCUGGCUCUGCCACCAUCAACAACUUCCAGAAGACUUUCCACCUCCAGAACAAGGAUGCUUUGGCUGUCAGUGACCAUUUCCCAGUGGAGGUGACCCUGAAAGCCCGCUGAGCCCGUCCCCGUGCCGGCAGCUACCAGGAUGCCCCAGCACGCACCUGCAUCCCUCGUGGGAGCCCACGCACCACCAGUGCCAGCCAAGCUGCCCACCGUCUCUGCAAGGAGCUGCUCUUCAG